CCUACUCCUGUCUCUCUCUCUUACCUCCCCACACGCGGCCGGCGCCUGCAUCAUGGCAGCGCUCUCCCCGCAGCCCGGCAGCCAGGCGGGGCUGCGAGUGGGGGCUCAGCUCUCGGUCACUGUGCAGCACAUCAUCAGUGGCACCUUAGUGGUGUCCACCAGCCUCGGUGGGGACAGCUACACCGGCAUCCUGAUAGACAUGGCCAAGAGGACUGGUUUGUACGGUGUUUUACCCAACAAUUUUCUCAAGCAAGAUCAUUUUCCUGUAGAGGCAUAUACUCACGGAGUCAUUGUUGAUAAAGAACCUAUUCAGACUGUGUCACAGCCCUCCAUUGUGGAAUCUCGCAAGAUGUCAGGUGAAGGGCAAGUUCCAAAUCUUCAGCCAUUACCAGGUGUUGUGCCUUGUUUCACACCUUAUUAUGAAGGUGCAUCACUCCCACAGCCCUUACUCUUAAGACAAACUUACCAUCAGUGGGUUCCACAACCACCACUUCGGAUAAUCAAGCGUACAAAAAGGCGUCUGUCUAGGAAUCGAGAUCCUGGUAAACUCACAUUAAGCACCAUUCGGUUACGGCCCAGGCAGGUACUCUGUGAAAAAUGCAAGAACACUCUGAAUGCUGACGAAGAAGAAGACAAAGAUGCACAAAACGGUAAGAAUGAAGAGAAAGAGAAAAGUAAAAACGAAGCAAUGGGCUGUGAAAAUAGAAAGCUGAAAAGGGAAAAAAGGGAUGAUGACGAUUUUCACGGGGAAGUGGUUCAUCGAAGCCCAGUGAUAAAAAUAUCAUACAGCACUCCUCAAGGAAAAGGAAAAGUUGUGAAAAUUCCCUCUCGGGUACAUGGCUCAGUUGAGCCCUUUUGCCCCAAGCGAUUAAUGGAAAACGGAAGGGAAGACCAAGGGAAGAAUAAGAACUCUCUGAGUGAUGAGGAUGUGGAGGUUUUUCCAGAAAAUACAUCUUCGAAUCUACCUGGAACCAUUCCAAAACUGAAGCUGACCAGGCCCUUGCAUUCUAAUGCAGAUAUCCCACCACCAAGAAUCCGAUUAAAGCCGCAACGUCUCAGUAAUGGGGACAGUUUUGCCAUUUAUAAGGCCGAACUUGUGGAUAAUGUAAAUUGUGGUGUGGAACGUGCAAGGAGAUCGAGUGAUGCACUUCAUUCCGAAGAUUCUAUAGGCAAGAGUUCAAUGGAGUCGACUUCAGGGAGUUCUGGAGAGGAUCAUUGGAAAUCUAAAAGACGCCGACGAAGUAAGGAUCAAGUCAGUGAUUUGACGGUGUAUUUAAGUUACAGGAAGAAAAGAGCAGACUCUUCGAGUUUAUCAGUGUGUAGUAAUGAUAGUCUAGAUGAAUCCAAGUCUUCCAGUUCAGAGAUGACUUCCCCAGAAAUUUGUGAUUUUGCACCUGGAGAUGAUGCAUCCGUGUCAUCUUCCUCCAAAGAAGAGAAGACUGUGCCGCCCCUAACUGUAAGACUUCAUACUAAAACUGUCACCAAAUGUGUCACUCCUGAAGGCAGGACUAUCUCUGUGGGAGAUAUAAUAUGGGGGAAAAUUCAUGGCUUCCCUUGGUGGCCUGCCCGCAUCCUCAGUAUUAAUGUGAGCAAGAAAGAAAAUGGGGCACCGUUGUGGCAGGAAGCCCGAGUGUCUUGGUUUGGCUCACCAACAACAUCUCUGCUCUCCGUAUCAAAGAUUUCACCCUUUUUGGACUAUUUUAAGUUGAGAUUCAACAAGAAGAAAAAAGGAGUGUAUCGCAAGGCUAUUACAGAAGCUGCCAAGGCAGCUGAGCAUCUGACACCUGAAAUACAAUCUCUCCUGACACAGUUCGAAACGUAACCAAUCCACAGCAACGGAUACCGAAGAUCUGGGAAAAUGACUGGAUAUCCUUCCUAUGUUUUAAAGGACUGUGAACAUAAGCAUAAACGUAUUUGGAGCCUCUUAUGUGCCGUUCAUGUGAAUCUUGGACCAAUUUGUGGUGAAAUCUGCCAACCUUACCUCAAAGGAAGCUGAAUGACUGAUGUACUCUGUGGCAUUGAAGGGUAAAAGACCGAGUGGUAGUGAGGGCAGUGGAGUGGAGGGGGCUUGGGAAUUCUAAUAUUUAUUGUUGAAAAACAAUUCAUGUUAUUGGUGGUCAUUGAAUAGAAUAAUUUGGAAUGUAUCUAUUGAAGUCACUGCUUUGGGCAGACUGCUCUCAUCGUAAAUGUAAUUAUUGCAAAAAGAAAUUCCCAAUAGUAUGUCUUGGACAAGGAUUGGAAGGUCUUUUAUGAAUAAAACCAAUUUUCUAAGUGUUUUUUUCAUAAUGUAAUAUAAUAGUUUUAAUACAAUGUGUACGACAGAGUUAUAGUCCAGUCACCCUAUCUGCAGAAUAACUGUGAUGCAUAUUGGGCAUAGUUUGCAAGUUUAUUGGCAUUCUACAGCAUAUGAUUAUCACAGCACAUUAGAACACAAGCCUUCAUCUAAGCUUGUUAGUUGAUUAAUUUAUCUUCGUGCAGUAGCAUUGAUGUGCUCCAAGUGCACAAGUAGUGGAAAAACAAUAAUGUAUUUAAAAAGAACUCCACC